AUGUGGCCAUCUCUCUGCAGAAUCAACAUAGAAGAAAUGGAGCAAGAGAUGGUGAAGAAGAAAAGAGGAAGAGAAGGAGAAGAGGUGAAAGACUGCUCAAACAAAUCUACAAAAACAUUGCAAGCUGAUGAUCUUAGUCACCCACAGAGUGUAAGCAAUAAUACUAUCAACAUUGAAGGGAGAUCAUGCAAGCAUGAAGAGGACAACAAUAUUAGCAACAACAGCUAUGAAAUAACCGGAGACAACUGUUUCGCGUUUGGGGUAUUCGAUUUCCCCUGGCUAAAAGAAGAAGGCAGCAGCAGCAUGAUCUCAAAAGCAGAAGAGGAAUGGUGUUUAGAGGACACAAUAUUCUCCUCAUCUCUCCAUUACAGUACUGAAUUUUCUGGACAAUGCUUGUGGGAAACUACUCCUGACGCCUUGUGCAUCGAAUCAUGCGUAGAUGUUCCAGUGGACAAGUUUGAGGAGAUUAACGUUUGGUCUUUGGAAAUGGAGAGCACCAUUGAUUGCACCUGGAGCUCCCUGCUCCAGAACAAGGGUGACUAG